CCUCUGCCAGUGACUCUGACGACCUGCUCAGCUCCCUGCCCCGGGACGAUCCAAGUGGAUCGGUGACUGCUGUGUGUUGGUGACCUCACGCGGCUGCUGGAGAGCGCAGGAGUGAAGGCGUUAACUCCAGAGACGGCCCCUUUAAGACUGGACUGGAUCAUGUGUGGACGGGUGCCAGCUCAGCUCGCCUUCCCACCGACGCCACGGCCCGGGAUCCUGCCGAACCACCGCCGCUUGUGACGCCACCUCUCCCUGGACGCGACCGUUGGCUGAGCAGCGGGGCGGCGGCGGCGGACUCUCACCCCGGGGGAGGCGCACUCUCAGGCGGCCACAGUGCCGCAGAGCAACACUCCCCAUCUGCACCGACAUGAAGUCCCGUUGACCCACCGCGGAGGAGCGCCAGGUCGAACCGGGGACGUUGGACGGGGAUCGAACGUGUGACAUACGAGGAAUAGUCAGAAGGACGAACGAUGUCGGUUCCGAACGUGCUGGCCAAGGCGUUGUACGACAACGUGGCCGAGUCUCCAGACGAGUUGUCCUUCCGCAAGGGAGACAUCAUGACUGUGCUGGAGCGCGACACCCAGGGCCUGGACGGUUGGUGGCUCUGCUCACUCCACGGACGACAAGGCAUCGUCCCCGGCAACCGCCUCAAAAUCCUGGUGGGCAUGUACGACAGCAAGCAGCAACCGGCGAUGCCUGGCCUGUCCGACCCAGCUUUUACGUCCCCCACCUCACAGUCGCAACGACCCCAGCCCCCCCUGAGUGCCUACGCCAAACCAGCCCCAGCCCUCUCUACGUCCUCUUCAGGGUACACCAGUAAGCCCCUCCCUUCUACUCAAUACACUUCAGUGCUCUCAGCGUACGCGACACCUAGCCCUGCGCAGUCCACCCCUGACUCCGUCUACAUGAUCCCUCCCUCUCAUGGCCCUAAACCUAGUCCCCAAAGUGUGUACCAGAUUCCAUCGGGGCCAAUUGGACCUCCUCCGAAGGCCCACCCUGGACCCUCCACGAAGCCCCCGCCCUUAGCACAGAGACAGUAUCAGAUGUCUGCGCAGGACAUCUACCAGGUGCCCCCUUCUCUCGGCCCGGCACCGGACCAGGGUGUCGGAGGUGGGCAGGAAGUCUACCAGGUGCCGCCUUCUCUGGAGAAGCGAAACUGGGAGGCCAGCAAACCUCUGGGCAAGGUGGUGGUUCCGACCCGAGUGGGUCAGGUGUACGUGUACGACACCGUCAAGUCAGACCAGGACGAGUACGACGUCCCUCCCCGACAUCUGCCGGCGGCGCAGCAGGACAUCUACGACGUUCCCCCGGCACGACAGCAGUUCGGCACCCAGGUGUACGACACGCCGCCCAUGGUGAUGAAGGGGCCCUCUAGUGGCCAGGAUAUAUAUGACACGCCGGCCGGCUCAGACAAGAGCGCUCAGCAGAUGGUCUACGACUUCCCUCCCUCGGUCAGUAAAGACGUGACGGACGACCCGGCACUCAGAGAGGAGACCUACGACGUCCCGCCGCACUUCGCCAAGCUCAAGUCUCAGACGCCCCUCCCACCCCGGAAGUUCCAGCGCGAGGAAGACGACAACGAGCCGCCCAUCCCCGAGGACGUCUACGACAUCCCGCCCCCCGUCCUGACCGACAAGCACUACCACGGCGACCGAGUCAAGCAGGCGGGCCAGGAGAUCUACGACAUCCCGGCCAGUCUGCGGCCCGGGCACUCGGCCCAGGUCUACGACUUCCCCCGGGACAGGGAGGAGCGGGGAGGCGAGCAGUACGUCUACGACAUCCCCCCGCAGGUGGUCCGCGACCCCCAGUCCUCCGGGGACGACCUCUCCGUGUCCUUCAAGCGCUUGUCGGCCUCCAGCACGGGCAGCGUUCGCAGCAACCACUCGGCUUCUUCUCUGGACUUGGUCCCGGUGCGGGACACCUCAUCCUCCUCCCAGUGCCCGGAACCCAUGUCCGGGAAGCCCCUGAUCCUGGACCUGGAGCAGGCCAUGGAGCGCCUGUCCCGGCUGCAGCAGGCCGUGGAGUCCAGCGUCUCCCUCAUGAUGUCCUUCAUCACUGGCAACUGGCGGAGCCCCGCCCACCUGGAGGGGAACCUGCCGGCCAUCCACCAGGCGGCGGACCGGGUCCGAGCCACGGUGCGGGACUUCCUGGAGUUUGCCCGCGGCGCGGUGGCCAACGCGGCUCAGGCCAGCGACCGCUCCCUGCAGGCCAAGCUGGGCCGGCAGGUGGGGAAGAUGGAGGAGGUCUUCCAGAGCCUGAUCCAGCACAGCCAGAGCCUGGACGCCGUGGCCUGGUCGCACACGCAGCUGGCGGCGCCCCCCGCUGGCGGCGACGCCCUGGACCGGCUCGUCAUGACGGCCAGGGGGAUCCCGGACGACGCCAAGCAGCUGGCGUCCUUCCUGCACGGCAACGCCUCGCUGCUGUUCAAGCGCAGCCACUGGCAGCAGCAGCAGCUGCCGCUGCCGCCCAUCCCCGGGGAGCCGGGCGCUCACAUGACCGGCUCGGGCAGCGGCAGCUACCAGGGAGGCGAGCGGGUCAACAUUCAGUCUCGGCCCCUCCCCUCCCCGCCCAAGUUCACGGCCGCCGAGGAGGAGGAAGGUGUGGAGCGCUCGUACGAGACCACGGAGGAGGGUUGGAUGGAGGACUACGACUACGUCCACCUGCAGGGGAAGGAGGAGUUUGAGAAGAACCAAAGACAACUGCUGGAGAAAGGAAACAUCAUCCGACACAAGACGCAGCUGGAGCAGCAGCAGAUCAAGCAGUUUGAGCGUCUGGAGCAGGAAGUGAGUCGACCCAUCAACAACGACAUGAGCGGCUGGGUCCCGCCUCCCCACCACCCCCUGGCCAAUCAGAACGGAGGCCCCUCCUCCUCCUCCUCCUCCUCCUGCCCCCCCUCCUCCAAGCUGUGCCACGGCGACCGGCAGCUGCUGCUCUUCUACCAGGAGCAGUGCGAGCAGAACGUCACCACGGUGACCAACGCCAUCGACGCCUUCUUCACCGCCGUCAACUCCAACCAGCCGCCCAAGAUCUUCGUGGCCCACAGCAAGCUGGUCAUCCUCAGCGCCCACAAGCUGGUCUUCAUCGGCGACACGCUGUCGCGGCAGGCCAAGGCGCCGGAGGUGCGGGCGCACGUGGCCCAGAGCAGCAACACGCUCUGCGAGAAGCUCAAGGACAUCGUCGUCAGCACCAAGACGGCGGCGCUGCAGUACCCGUCCUCAGCCGCGGCGCGGGACAUGACGGAGCGCGUGCGCGAGCUGGCCGGCUGCACGCAGCACUUCCGCAUGGUGCUGGGACAACUGCUGCUCAUGUAGAGGUACUGGCAGGCCGGGAUCCUGGAGGUCCGGCCGGACGUCUGCUCUGCUGAGACCCUACCUCACCUCCCGCCGCGGGGACAGGAGCGUUGGUGACGUGGGCUGGGCCACCCGUGUAAAAUACUCGUGUAAAUAGUGCGCAACUUCACCGUAUAAAUAUGAGCGGUUUUCUAAGCGGACGUCUGCGUCGCCGCCGUGUUCGUCGUCGUGCGUCCCUCCUCCACCCUGACCAAGGCACACUGGAGCACGGGAGGGCGCCCGGGUCCGGCCCGGCGCCAGGUCCCACUCCGGGCUGGGUUUUUGGUAAGAGGCAUGUGUUUGACUGCAGGAGUGUGAUCAGGUGCAACACCAGUGAAUUAAAGUUGCUUUUCAUCUU